AUGACGAACUAUCAAGUAUUGGAAGUCAUGCAAACAACUACCCAUGUGAAUCCUCCUAUUACAUCAAACACAAACAUACCAGUCAUUACAACCGACAUCAAUGCAACUAUGAUCGGUUUCCAUCCAUUGACUAUAGCCAAACAUUUCAAGAAUGUCGUCGUCCAGGAAAGUGAUGAUGAUAAGCAACUAACGUACUACGAUGGGCAUGGUCUGGUCUCCACUCACGUUGACAGCAUUCCCGAUCCUUACGUCAAUCUGACCGACACCGUCAGUAUCGACCUGGCUGAAACCUUGAUGUUAGAGACACCGUUCACCAGCAGUGUACUUCCAAUUCGAAACAACGAAGACGGAGAGGAUAGGGUUGCAGUUCCUAGAUACAUCACUAACAUGUGGACUUUCAUCAACGAUGAUAUUCACAUGCUCUUACAACCUCCGAUGUUCGCUUACAGUGACUUUAAUAGUUUUAAGGAUUACAAGAACUAUGAUUUCAGACAGUCCCCAAUGGAUCAGCUCUUCAUCAAUCAUCAGUUUGAUAAAGAUAUCAUUGAUGUCGACUCGAAAACCAUGACCGGUGGUAUAAUCACCAAGGCGCUGGAUGACAGUGGUAAAACCCAGUCCAACCUGUUUACCAAUGCUACACCUUUUGAAAUGCGAGAGCAACGAGAGCGACCCAAGUCACAAGAGCGAGAGCAACGAGAGCGACCCAAGUCACAAGAGCGAGAGCAACGAGAGCGACCCAAGUCACAAGAGCGAGAGCAACGAGAGCGACCCAAGUCACAAGAGCGAGAGCAACGAGAGCGAAAGCAACGAGAGCGAUCAUCAUCGACACAAGAGCCAAAGCGAAAGACACAAGAGCGAGAUCAAGAGCGUCAAAAGUUAGAAGAACAAGCACAACAAGAGCGUCGAAAGUUAGAGAAACAAGCACAACAAGAGAGACAAAAAAGACAAAAGCUAGAGCGACAAAAGUUAGAGGAACAAGAGCAACAAAAGUUAGAGGAACAAGCACAACAAGAGAGACAAAAGAGACAAGAGUUAGAGCGUCAAAAGUUAGAGGAACAAGCACAACAAGAGAGACAAAAGAGACAAGAGUUAGAGCGUCAAAAAUUAGAGGAACAAGAGCGUCAAAAGUUAGAGGAACAAAAGCGUCAAAAGUUAGAGGAACAAGCACAACAAAAAAAAAAGUUAGAGGAACUAGAGCAACAAAAGAAACGAGAUGAACUAGAGCAACAAAAAAAAAAGUUAGAUGAACUAGAGCAACAAAAGAAACGAGAUGAACUAGAGCAACAAAAGAAACGAGAUGAACUAGAGCAACAAAAGAAACGAGAUGAACUAGAGCAACAAAAGAAACGAGAUGAACUAGAGCAACAAAAGAAACCAGCCAUCGCCUUCCUCUGCAGCAUCCAGCAGCGGCGGCGUUGGCGGAAAUUGGAGUGGUUGUAG